UGUCAAUGUCAUAACUAAUUAAUAACUACCUAUAAUAUUCAAGUAAAAAUAAGUAAAUUGUAUUAUUGUACAUUGAAAGCGCUAGCACAAGAUUAAUGUUUUUGUUCUUAAUAAUUGAAUGAAUAAAAUUGUAAUAUUUACAAAUUUAAACGUAUAAAAUGCAAUAAGUUCAUAAUUUUUACUCAUGGACGAAGAAAAACUUAUUCGAAAAAAGAAGAAAGCCUUAAACGGUAGUAAUCGACGUGCAUUAGCUGAAGCUCAUAAUGACCUAGCAACGUUUUACUAUAAACAGAAUCGUUAUAGCGACGCUUUGGACGAAUACAAAAAUGAGGCGGCAAUUUGUAAGGAACUCGGUCUUCGCAUGGAAUGGGGCACUUGUAACAGGAUGAUAGGAGAAAUGUAUAUGCUUAUGGCAGAGUUUGAUAAAGCUCUCAAGUAUGAAGAACGGCAUUUAGCUGUAGCGAAAGAGUUGAAUAAUUUGGUUGAGGAACAAAGAGCAUUGGCGACACUUGGUAGGAUAUACCUCUUACGAGGCCAAAGCUGCACUGAUGAGCAGCAAGAUGCAAAGCAAUAUUUGUCUGCAGCUGAGAAAGCGUUCAUGAAGAGCUUAGUACUAUGUGAAAAAUUGAACGGUAAAAUAAACAAAUCAGAAUUGAUGGAUAUGCGAGCUCGUCUUCUGCUCAAUAUAGGAGUGGUACAAGAACACUUAGGAAAUCUUGACAAAGCAAUAGAUUGUUUACACAAAGCUAUAACAAUUUGUUCCAAUCAAGAUCUAUAUGAAGUUUUACAUAAUUGCUACACGACGGAAGCCUUAAUGCACAGUAAUAAGAGAAAAGAUUACGCAAAAGCAUUGAACUGUUUGAAUAAAGCGUUAGAAGUGGCAAGUAGGCUUGAAGAUAAGGUUUCAAAAACAUGUGAAACACUGUCUGUAAAGGGAGAUAUAUUGUGCAAGAUGUCAGACUAUCAGAGUGCAAAGCAAGUGCUCUUGAAAGCAUGGAAACUGAAAACUCCUGAUGAAGAGGAGAUGGAUAACAUUGAAACAAAUCUUAAAGUUGUUGCUGCAAUGUGUUACACGGAAGACUUACUGAUAUCUACGGAUCCUUCAGACCAUACAACUUUUAAAAAGUUGUACGAAAAGCUAGGUGACGGCGCCUGUCACUUUAAAAACUAUGCAGGUGCUAUCGAUUACUAUUUGAAAAUGUUAGACUACGCUGAAAUGGCUGGAGAUUGUGGCAAAACAUUGAUUCCUAUUUAUGUCAGCUUAUAUCAAACUUACAAAGAUAUGGGCUACUAUAAUGAUGCAUUACAUUACUGCUACAAGGAGUAUGAACUUAUAAAAGACAUUCCUAAAGAAGCCUACACUACAUUAACUACCAUAGCUGAAAUGUCUUUCCUUGCUAAAAAACCCUAUGACCAAAUCGAAAAGGCUUGUUAUGAUGCUAGAAAUGCUGCAAAAGAUUUGAACAAAAGAAAAUAUGAAAUCAGAACUUUGAAGGUUCUAUUAAAAUAUCAGGAAGAAUACUGUGAAACAGAUAAGAUGAACGAAACUAAAGCUGAACUAAGAGAUUUAGGUUACAACGAUUUUGAUAAUCUAGAAAAUUCUGAUGACGAACAAAGUUCUGCAGGCGGGGGAGACGAUGUUACUCAUAUUGGUGAUGAAAUAUGCCUUGAUGAUUUGACUGAUGUAUCGGACACUAAUGAGGAGGAUUUGACUGAAACAAAGCGAGAGACUCGUAGAAGGGGAAAAGGAUUUGCUAUCAAAAAGAACAUGAAAGGAGAGACACAGUUACAUGUUGCAUGUAUAUCCGGCAACAAGCUGCUAGUAGAACGUCUCUUAGCCAAGGGUCACCCAGUGAACAUUAGAGACAACGCUGGCUGGUUGCCGUUACAUGAGGCCUGCAUACACGGCAGACUGGAUGUAGCAGAGAUGCUGAUUGACCACGGGGCCAAUGUUAACGAUCGGGGAGGUGUUAAUUGUGAUGGUAUAACACCACUUUACGACGCAGCUAGUAACGGUCAUUUAGAAGUUGUUCAGCUAUUACUAGAAAAAGGCGCAAUACCCUCGCUCAAAACUGACUUUGGCGAAACACCACUACAAGUGCUACAGAAAUGGCGAACAGGCACUAUCUUAACAAAAGACGAAGAGACAUUAUACAAUAAUAUAUGUAAUAAAAUUAACAACUUUAUAGAUAAAACCAAUCCUUCAGAAUUAGUUUUCAACAGAUCGAAGUCUAAAACCCCAGUAAAAGCAAUUCAGAAUAACUCUCCUCCUAGUACAUCAAAAAUGACCAGAAUAAAGGAACUAUAUUCUCCAGCAUUUAAAAGACGCAAUAUCAUUGACGAUGACAGUGAUGAAGAAAUGAAUUUAUCACAAAAUGUAAGAAAUCAAACUGCCUUUCCAUCGGAUUCGAAUUCCUCUGACGAAGACGAUUCAAAAAAAAGUAAAAGUGAAACAUCGGGUGUCAAAGAAUAUAGAAACGCAAUAUCAGCUCUAAGAAACAGAAACGUAGAUUUGCCGGAUGUUGACGAUAAAAAGAUUAAAACGAAACCCGCUUUACUAAAUCCUGAUGAAGUUGACGAUGACUGGUUGGAUGAUGAUAUAGGAAUAAUGAAUAAAACAAAGAAACGAAAGUUAAGUGAUCCAUUAACAACUGUAAUCGCGAAAAAAACUUCAAUGGAUACUUUGAGAGAAAGCAUAGACAAUUUAAACAAAAUAAGCCCAUUAACAGAUAACAAUACCCAUUCGAAGAAGAAAUCGCGCAUAAAUGAAAAUAUAGACCACACCGAAAAUAGCUCAGACUCAGAGCCAUUUCAAAUAAAUGAAAACGUUUGUCCUAUGAAAACGGAUGAAUCGAUGAGAAAUAUAGCGAAAGAAUUCAACGACUCUAGAUCAAAAGACACGAGAGAUAACAUGAGACGAAGGUGGAAAAGACAGAGUACAUUAUUAAAAGCAGGUUUUCAAAGAAGAAAGUCUGAAUGUGAUCAAUCAAGUAACAGCGGUAGUGAUACAGAAGUUACAACCAAAAGUUUUAAGAAAAGAGUAUCAAAUGGAUCGUUUUCUAGACAUUCUUCAAAUGAGAAUUUCAAUUAUUCGAAUUCCAAUGAUGGUUUUAGUAUAAUGCAAAAUAUUAACCCGAACAUAGUUCAACCACUGAAUGUUAUACAACCAAUAAAUAUUGUGCAGUCCAAGAAUGGAAGGGCGAUGCAAACACAAAUUUUGCCUCCAGCAGCUGUGAAAGUAAAAAUAGAGGACAAAGUACUGUUAAUCUCUUUGAAAUUGGACAUGAUUAAUAAGUUAACAAUCAGCUGGCUGGUUGAAGAAGUUAAAUCGAGAUAUUACAAAAUAACAGGUGUAAGACCAGUAUUUACAUUAAUGACAUCCGAUGGUGCCAUACUCUCUGAAGAGGAUCCUCUAAGUUUAGUGUUGGCAUCUCCGGAACUUAACACUUGCAUCACAACAUUCAAAGCUUCCCCCGCUGAAGAGAGGUAUUUAGAAUGCUGUGAUGCUCUGGGAAUACCACCAUCCGAAGAAAUUCAGCAGGCCGUUGGCAGAAGUCACUCAACUAGAAGACUAGCAUUAGGUUCUAACACAUUAUCACCAUCACAAAUACGUCCCUUGUUCAGAGCCCUUACACACCAAACACACAUCACAGCUAUCAUGAUACCAGACAACAACAUUGGAGACGAAGGAAUGAAAUAUCUAGCUGAUAGUAUGUGUACAAUGAAGUACUUAACAACAUUGGAUAUUAGUAGGAACAAUAUAACCAGUGAUGGAGUCAAAACAUUAUUAAACGCGUAUGAAAAACCCACAAGACCAGUCUGCCAAACAUUGGAAGACAUAGAUUUAAGCGGGAACCCCAUUAGUGACGUUGGCUUUAGGGCAAUAUUAAAACUGAGCCAACAUUUGAAGUUAAAAGUUUUGAAGUUAAGUAAAUGUAAUGUGACAGAUAAUGUAGUAUCUGAUAAUAAUAAAUUAAACGCCAGUUUUGAUGUUUUAGAAACUUUUGAUUUAAGUAACAAUCUAGUGAAACAAAUAGUGGUUAAUAGUUUAAUAUCUAUUUUGAAUCCAAAUACUUUAACGGAUUUGGAGUUAGAUAAUAUAGGGGUGGAAGGUAACGUCGCCGGCUGUGUAGCGAGCUUUAUGGAUACAGCAAAAGAUCUGAAAAUUCGAAGAUUUGGUCUAUCUAAUUGUAAACUCGUCGAUGGACAAUUUAUGAGGAUAUUCAGAUCUCUCGGUAGAGCUAAGCAUUUACAAUCAAUAACGUUAAAAGACAACAAUAUAACUUUCAUCGCAUUGAAGAAAUUACUUCAAAGACAGCCACCAGUACCGGUGAUAAACCUUGAAGGCUGUCAUGACAUAUUUAAAUAUUCACCAGAUUCGGAUUUCAAAGUUUGGUUGCCAGCAAUCGACUUUGGAAGGUGUGUUCCAGAAAUAAAUGUUACUCCCGUUUCUAAAACAGAUGAAGAGAGGGAAAGUUUUAAGUUGUUUUCAAAAACUUGGUUAAAUUGUUUUAAAGGUAGGGGUAUGAUUGAACAUUGUGAGGGGGGUGUUACGAAGUUUACAGCAAGAUAGCGUUUUCUUAGACUGUCCGAAAUGUGAAAAUGAUAGUUCAUUGUAUAUCUGAAUGUGAGUUUAUUUAUUUCAUAAUAGCUGUGCCCGCGACUUAGUCCAUGUGGAAUUU